AUGGAAUGCCGUCAGUGUCCCCAAGGUACUCAUCCACGACAAUGGGUAUUUCGUGUUUCGCUUCGACAACGAAGAAGACAAGGAAUUGAUACACCAAAAUGGCCAUACACGUACAACAGUCGACCCAUGGUACUGAAAAAGUGGACACCUGAUUUCAAGAUAGGCAAGGAAUCUAUGCGAGUUAUUCCACUUUGGGUCACAUUCCCAGGCUUAACUGUACAAUGCUGGGCUGAGGAAAACUUAGGCAGAAUUGCCAGUUGUAUUGGAACUCCUCUAUGCACAGAUAAAUUGACUGCUCAAUAUGAAAAAAUCUCUCAUGCCCGGGUCUUGAUAGAAAUGGACAUCACGCAAACAUUGCCUGAUGUGGUAAACAUUGAGACGCCAGAGGAAGGUAUAUGGGAGCAAGAAAUAGAUUAUGACUGGAAACCCAGAUUCUGCAAAAACUGUAACCACUUUAGUCAUCUUACUGAUGAGUGUCAAACUCACAAGGAAGCCGAACACCAACAAAAGAAAGUGAGGAAAGGCAGGGUACGAAAAGAGUGGCAAGCAAGCAAAAAUGCAGGAGCGACGUCCACCAGCCACACCAUAAUGACACGAAAUCUGGGCAAGCAAAGCAUAGUGCCAUAUGAGAAUACUGACAUUGGGGAACAUAGGAAACUAGUGUACAUGAAUAAGAAUGGAAAACAAGUGCAGGUCUAUAAGGAACCUGACCAACUGGAUCCUGCCAUACUAGUACAGAAAAAUCAGUUUGCAGUGCUAAAGAUAAAUGAAGGUGGUCGACAGAACGCGUCUACUCAAUUGGUGGACAAAGGUGAUAACUCCUCCCAAAAUCACCCAACAUGA